GCCUGGGUUUCUGGUGGCUGCACGGGGUGCAGUCGUGUGGGGCCCGAGGGUGGGCUCCGGGCUCGAGGGUACAGAGCGAGCCAUGGUAUAGGAUAAGAAGCAAGGUGCCUGGAGCAAAGUGCACGACGUGGGCGAAGGCUUGGCAACGAAUAUGUUGCCCUAGAUGUGGGAGGUGCCUUUGUUCUGAGGGCGUCUAAGAAGGCCCUGCUGCACUGGGCGAGGAAUGGAGCCCUGCGGGGAGGAGGGGAGGUUGAUUUGAAUGAGGGGUUCAAGCCCCGUGGGGUGGUACACAGGUUGGAGAAGGUCUGGCAGAAGCUGGUGCAGGGAGCUUGACUUGUUUUGCUUGAGGAAUUAAUUAAUUCAUCACCGUAGAGGGACCGAUCUGCUAGUUCUAAGCAUGUUCCCUCUGGCUGCUCUGUGGGGAAAGGCCCGUGGCGGAGAUGUGGAGGGAAUAAGGUGACUUCACCAGUCCAGGUCACUGGUAGCUGGCAAUAUAUGUGAGAUAAACCGGGAGAAAGGGAAGGGACUAGCUUCAGGAAAAAGAAGGAAAUUUUUGCCUAAGGAGCCUGACGUGUUGAAUCUGUAGAGUUGUGGGUGUACAGACAGGAUUUAGUGGGGCUCCACUUAGUGGUGAUGGCGCCCUGGAUAACACAGUUUGGUGCACAGAUGGCAGCAACAGAGGCAGUACACCAUAUCCACCUGCAGAACUUCUCUCGCUCGCUCCUAGAGACCCUUAACGGGCAGAGACUGGGCGGGCACUUUUGCGACGUGACGGUACGCAUCCGUGAGUCUUCGCUGCGGGCCCAUCGCUGCGUGCUAGCCGCCGGCUCGCCCUUCUUCCAGGACAAGCUACUGCUGGGUCACUCCGAGAUUCGCGUGCCGCCCGUGGUGCCCGCGCAGACAGUGCGCCAACUGGUCGAGUUCCUCUACAGCGGCUCGCUCGUGGUAGCCCAGGGCGAAGCGCUGCAGGUGCUCACGGCCGCGUCGGUGCUUCGCAUCCAGACGGUCAUCGACGAGUGCACGCAGAUCAUCGCGCGUGCCCGCAUCCCUGGCACCUCCGCGCCCGCGCCCCUGCCCGCGCCCGUGCCCCCUCCGCUUGCACCCGCGCAGCUACGCCACCGCCUGCGCCACUUGCUGGCCGCGCGCCCCCCGGGUCACCCUAGCGCCGUGCACAGCCGCAAGCAGCGCCAACCUGCGCGCCUGCAGUUGCCCGCGCCCCCAGCCCCGAUCAAAGCCGAGGGCCCCGAUGCUGAGCCAGCGCUGCCCACGGCCCCUGAAGACAGAGGUGAGGAAGACGACGAGGAGGAGACCGAUGAAGAGACCGACGCUGAGGAUGGCGAAGGUGGAGGCCCGGGUGAGGGCCAGGCGUCCUCUUUCCCCGACUGUGCAGCUGGCUUUCUCACCACGGCUGCCAACAGCGUGCGCGAGGACCCCCCUGUGUCCACUGGCCUCGCUGACUAUGGUGGUGCCGGCAGAGACUUCCUUCGAGGGACUGCAGUGGCCGAGGAUGUAUUCCCAGAUAGCUAUGUGUCCGCUUGGCAUGAGGAAGAUAGCGCUGCCCCGGAAAGUUGUCCCACAGAGACCCCUGCUCCUCCUCCCCCUCCCGACUGCGCCCUGGCUGGGCCUCGUCCAUCUGGCAUGAAGACCCAGGGGCCGCCUGUGGCCCUCUUCCCCUUUCACCUUGGUGCCCCGGGGCCACCCGCGCCAACCCCUCCUGCCCCAUCGGGACCAGCACCGGCACCCCCACCGGCCUUCUACCCCACGCUCCAGCCUGAUGUGGCGCCCAGUGGUCAGCUGGGAGAAAACCCGGUCCCACCUGCCGCUUCUACCACUGCCCCCUCAGGCACAACUGUGCGCACCCCCCGUGCCGGUGCCGGUACCGGUACCAGUACCGAGCAACCCGCCUAUGAGUGUAGCCACUGCCGCAAGACAUUCAGCUCUCGGAAAAACUACACGAAGCACAUGUUCAUCCACUCCGGGGAGAAGCCACACCAGUGCGCAGUCUGCUGGCGAUCCUUCUCGCUGCGCGAUUACCUGCUCAAGCACAUGGUGACGCACACCGGCGUCCGCGCCUUCCAGUGCGCGGUCUGCGCCAAGCGCUUCACGCAGAAGAGCUCGCUCAACGUGCACAUGCGCACGCACCGGCCCGAGCGCGCGCCCUGCCCGGCCUGCGGCAAGGUCUUCUCGCACCGCGCGCUGCUGGAGCGCCACCUGGCCGCGCACCCCGCGCCCUGA